AUUGAUAAUUUAAUACAAAAAUGUCAAAUGGAAACAUUUGAACCAGAAAAAAUAGUUGAAUGGAUUCCAUAUGAUAAUUUGCAAAACAUUAAAUAUCUAACAAAAGGUGGAUUCUCGGAAAUUUAUACAGCAGUUUGGAAUGAUGGAAGAUAUUAUGAAUGGGAUUCUACGAAGCAACAAUUAACAAGAUUUGGAAUUCAUGAUAUAGUACUUAGAAGAUUAGAAAAUGUUGGAAGUGCAGAUCAAAGUUGGUUUGAGGAGGCAAAAUCACAUCUUACUAUAAGUAAUAAAUCUCCUGAUAUUGUCAAUUGUUAUGGUUUAACGCAAGAUCCAUCAAAUGGGAAUUACAUGCUUGUAAUGAGUAUAAUGGAUUUAAAUUUAAGAGAAUAUUUACAGCAAAACUAUAAUAAACUUACAUGGAAAAGUAGCUUUCAAUUUGCUUAUGACAUAGCUACUGCACUCAAAGAUAUUCAUGAAGAAAAUGCAAUCCAUAGAGAUUUACAUUCGGGAAAUAUAUUAUUCGAUAAAAUUGAUCAAAGAUUAUUUAUUAGUGAUCUUGGAUUUUGUGGUCCUGCAGACAAAUCACAAAAUAGUAUAUAUGGAAACCUUCCUUAUAUAGCACCUGAGGUUAUUUCUGGAAAACAUGCGACAAAGGCAUCUGAUAUUUACAGUAUUGCAAUGCUUAUGUGGGAAAUUUCAUCUGGAAAACCACCUUUUAAUAAUUAUGAACAUGAUUAUUAUCUUGCAAUGAAUAUUAUUAAUGGUAUAAGACCAAGAAUAGUAUCAGGAACUCCGUUAGAAUACAAAAAAUUAAUGAAACAAUGUUGGGAUGCUGAUACAUUAAAAAGACCUGACAUUAAAACGCUUCAGAAAAAAAUAAAUGAAAUUCAUAAAAAAUAUCUGAAUAUGCCAAAUGAAUUAGAAGAAAAUAACUAUUUAGAAAUAAAUAAAACAAACAGCUUAGAAAAGCAAAAGAAACUUGCAGCUUAUUAUUUACAAGUAGCAAAAUUCAUAAUUUUGAAAAUUUUCUUGAACCAAGAAAUGCAACAGAAGGUAUAUUAUCACAUAUUGGAUACUAUUUCAAUUACUAAUAAUUAA